AUGAUUUCCUCGCGCCGGGCCGUGCCCCUGUUUGGCUUUGCUUUUAUCGUAUUCAUUCUUCUCGCCAUCCGCAGCCUCUCUUCGCAAUGGGAGCAAGCGACGCAGGUCGUCGGGCUGGGUGAGCUGUCUACGACUCCCUCCCCGUCGCCUUCGGUGCGCUUCAAUGUCACCAGGGUCCAGGAGGAAUCCGCCAUUCGGACACCAUAUGCGCCGAAGCCGCAGUUCAUCCCCGGCAUACCUAAACCCUCCGGGGCCGCGUACACGAAGGCCCUCGUGGUGCCGCAGGCCGAUGGCGAGGACACGAGUUGGAUGGAGUCUGAACUGCCCGACUGGGAAACCGCAAUCUACGCAGUCAAUGACCCGACGGCACCCUUGCAUCCGCCAAAGAACAAGGGUCAUGAGGUGAUGGUCUACUUGAGCUAUAUUAUCGAACAUUAUGACAUACUUCCGGAUAUCAUCGCCUUCAUGCAUUCGCAUCAGUAUGCCUGGCACAAUGACGACCUUUUUGGUGGCGAUGCCGCUGAUCUUCUACGGCGUCUUAAUCCCGCUUGGGUGGUCCGGCAGGGGUAUGUGAACCUGCGGUGUGCCUGGAGCCCCGGGUGUCCUGCGUGGCUGCACCCGGGCACGCUGGUGGAGGAUCAAACCAAGCAAGAGGAGAUUAUGUUGGCCCGAGCCUGGGGAGAGAUCUUUCCGGAUGAUCCGGUGCCUGAAGUCCUGUCGCAACCCUGCUGCGCGCAGUUUGCUGUGUCGCGCGAGCGUAUCCUUGCCAUCCCCAGGGCUCGGUUCAUCUAUUUCCGCGACUGGAUGCUCCGGACGGAACUCAGUGACUACAUCUCCGGACGUAUCUGGGAAUACCUGUGGCAGGUAGUGUUCACAGGCGAGAAUGUCUUCUGUGUGAAGGAGCACGUCUGUUACUGCGAUGGAUAUGGCAUCUGCUUCGGGGGCGAAGACGAGUACGACGCUUUCCGGGGCCAUCACAAUCGCAAGUCCGAGCUUGAGGAGGAAUUCAAAGGCUGGAACACUCGGGCCGACAUGAUCGAGCUGACCCGGAUGGGCGGGACGCUGGGAGAAGAGAGCUAUCUGGACUUCCCACAGCCCGGAGAGGACCUCUCACUCGUGGACCAAAUCGAUCUCGAGGAGCUGCUGAUCAAUGAACUGGUGGCCAAUGCUACGGAACGUGGCAAAGAUCCCCAGGCACGGGCCCUCGAGGUGGGACGAGCGUGGAAAGAGGGGGAUGGAUUCUACGGCUAUGCACCCAGUGAGAACCAACUAGCCGGGCUGGUGGAGGCCGCCACAGCUGCUGCGGGCCAAGAGGUCUCGGACUGGGCUGCCGCUGCCGCCGUCGCUGCUGCCGCUGGGGCCGCGGGUCUCCAGCAUCACCUGGAUGGAUACGGGGCUGAUACUCAUAUGGAGGAUGAUAGCUUUGGAGAUGCUGGGUUUGGGGCUGGGAUCGGAGGCGGGCGGCAGUUGCGCGGACCGGGUUCGAUGAAUGAACAUGGCCAGCCUUCCGGGGGUGGUUUGACUCGGGUGCCAACCAAGAAGCGAAAGAGGAAUGAGGAUGCGCUGGACCCGGCGUUGACGGCGGGCGCGGCCGUCGGUCUCGCAGGCACGCACCAUGCCCACCACCAACCGCAACAACAUCACCAGCAUCCCCACCAUUACGGCGGAGAGGGUCUGGAUAUUCGCGGCGCGCCGUCCCAGUCGCUCUCCGAGGCUCGCGCCGUGGGCCUUCACUCUGCCGCUGCCUUGUUUCGCCAACCGUCGAGUAACAAGAAAUACACCCGGCCACCAAUGUCUAAGUUGUUCGCCUCGCUGGAACUGUCGCCGGAGAACUUCCUGCAUCUGCAGGCAGCGGCGAAGGCCUACAUGCUGGAUGAUCGCCACCCGGACCGGCGGGAUUGCGUGGGUCAACGUGGCAAGGGCGAUACGGAGAUGGUCAAGCUGCGCUUGUGGAAUUGUGUGCGCCAUUUCCUCGAGGUCGAGGGACAUGGGGAGCGGUUCUUCGGGGAGAACGUGGUCAACGAGGGCAUGGGGCCCCGGACAUACAUCUGGCCCCGGGACCAACAGAAGAUCAUCUCGCUGGUGAUUCCUUUGCUGCGACGGAUGGUGACGAAUGAGCGUCAGCGGCAGUAUGCCGUGGAGACUCGGAAGGGCGGCGGCACCGAGGAGCGACGGAGACGCAAGACCGAGGAUAGUCUGCAGAAUCUCAAUGCCACCACCCCGGACGAUCACCUCCAAAUGCAUCAGCAUCAUCAUCAUACUCCGGACGAGUAUAUGACAACUCAGGCUACGUUACCCACGGCGCAACCUCAGCUCGACUCCGCGUCGGCGACGGAUCUGGGCCUGACCGAUCUCUUGCUGGAUGGGUACUCGACCGACUGGGACGCGUUUGCCAAGUCAUAUGAACUGUAUAACCAGAAUUGCGAGCUUGACAACCUCUGGUACAUGUCAGGCCUGCAACAGCCGGAUUGGCGGGGACUCGUUGCUGCCAUUGACAGCCAUUACCAGGUCAUCCACAGCGGCGGUUACGAGUGUCCGUCGCCGUGUGAGGAUGCCAAUGUGCACCGCAUAUUGAAUGCCGAUGUGACGUCGGACCUGCGAUGGCGCAUUGGUGGGAAUGCACCUAAUCCUUCCCGGAAUGAAUUUGCCAGCAGUAUCGCCCGCGAGAUCUCACGCGUUAUCCGGGACAGUCUCGCGACCCAGCAAGAUGUUCAUCAGUCGCCCCACGACCAGGCGCCGGAGCCUCAACUCCAGCCGUUUCCACCGAACUUUCCCCCGCUGCCCGGCACUAACACCAGCCCAGCUCCACCUCCCACCAAUGUCUCGCUCCGGAUUAACCUCCUGCAAGACGGAAAACGCAUGCACCCACGGUUUGACAUCGCCUCCAGCCAGUGCCCCGACCUGGAGACCCUGAAGCAGCUGAUCUCGCGCAAGUUCGCAGGCCAGCUACCAGGCGUGUCGCCGGAUGCCCUGGACACCACCGGUGGCUGGGGCUCCCCGCCGCACUGGAAGUUCCAGGUCUGGCUACCCGACGGAGUCACGCCAGUGCAUAACGACGGCGAGUGGACCAUGGCGCUAGUAUCCGCCAGUAAUGUCGAUUGGAUGGACGGUGACCUACGGGUUCUGGUUGAAAUCGAGGGAACGUCCUAG